AUGCUUUUACUUGGCGCCCUUGUGCUCCUACUGCAAGGCUCUGUUGCACAGAGAGACAGCGACCUCUCCUCUUUCGUCACGCUCCCCGAAGUUAGGGCAUUGAAAUUCGAGGUCCACCACGUAGACCGAGAUCGACAACUACCUGGAUAUUGGUUCGUUGCGCCGUAUGGUCAAAUCAACCCAGAGGCAUCAACGCAUAGAUAUCAACAAUACCAGGUUGGACCGUAUAUCUAUGACAAUGACGGCAUGCUCAUCUGGGCUGGAUCCCCGCUUUACGAUAAUCGAAAUGUCUUCGACUUCAAAGCAAACUGGAAUAUCGACGAUCAGCCCCACCUAUCUUUUAUUCUUCAACAUACCGACGUCGAAAAGGGAAGCGGAAUGAUCCUUAACAACAAAUAUGAGCUCGAGCACGAAGUUGCAGUCACAAAUGACCUUGAUGCCUUCAAUAUGCACGAAUUUAAUAUUCUGGAUGGAGGCAAAACGGCCCUAGCUUGUUCGUAUAUACCUUCAUUGGUUAGCUUUGCUUCCUUCGGCCGGCCGGAAGAGGAAGGUUGGGUGCAGGCAGGUGGAUUCGUGGAACUGGAUAUUGAGUCUUCGGAAGUUGUCCAUGAAUGGGAUUCUCACAAUGAGAUCUCAGUCUUUGAAUCCAUCAAGGUACAACCAUGGGAUUCACCAUCUGGCGCGCCUGGUUCGGAUUACGUUCACAUUAACGCUGUCGACAAAAACGAUGCAGGCGACUAUAUAAUCUCCAUGCGAUUCACUAAUACCAUUUACGGGAUUUCAGGCUCCGAAGGCAAAAUAAUGUGGCGUCUCGGUGGACUCGAGAGCAAUUUCGAUAUGGAUUUCAUUUUCCACAAACAGCAUGAUGUCAAAUUCAUCUCGUCGAAUGAAACACACCAUGUCAUUUCAUUGAUGAAUAAUGCCUCUGACGAAGGAGAGGCUGAUGAAAGUAUCUCGGCAGCUUUAUACAUCGAGCUUGAUAUGACUACGAUGGUAGCACGGGUAAUUCGACGUAUCGAGCGUCCGGAUGGAGGACUUACCCGUCUCCGUGGUAAUGUCCAGUCACUGCCGAAUGAUAAUACAUUCGUUGGAUGGAGUGAACGGGGCUAUCACUCUGAGCACGCACCGAACGGUGACCUGCUCAUGUGGGCUAAGUUCUCAUCUGACCGAUUCUCAAGCUACAGAUCUUACAAAUUCGACUGGAUCGGCCGUCCUAAUACUACUCCUGACCUUGUUUCAUCUGUUUACGGUACAAAUCGCGAAGAUGUCUUGACCAUCAUCCACGUUAGUUGGAACGGCGCAACAGAUAUCGCGGGCUGGAACUUCUUUGCUCGUGCUCAUGAAAGCGGCGAGAACAUCUUCAUCGGAUAUACCUCCAAAUCAGACUUUGAGACCAUGUACCUUGCUGACGGGUUUAUGGAUUGGGUUUCCGUAGAGGCGAUUGAUGGUGAAGGAAACGUGCUGAGUACAUCUGGUCUCCAGCGGACAAAUAUUCCAGAGAACUGGGCUGCCGUUGGGUUUGAGCUUGAGGGAUCAUCGCCUUCUCCUGAUGAUCCUUCUUUGCUUUAUCUUCCUAAUGGGGAAGUUGAAGAACCCGUUGAUGAUGGGACUUCCUCGUCGAAUCUCAAGUCGCAGGAUCAGAUCUACGCUGAUACUAAGGAGGUUGCUAAGUCUGUUUACAAGGUCUAUGCGAUUUUACAUGCUGUUGAGGCCCUUGCUAUUCUGGUCUUGGUUGGGUCUUGUGUUGCUGGUGUGGUGUUUGGUGUGAAGCGGAUUCUUCGUCGUCGUCGCCACCUCAGCUCUUAUAAGAAUGUCCCUACUGAAGAGGGAAAUGAUGAGGUAGAGGAAAGCAGUCUUCCUGCGGAACAAAUUCCCCUUCGUCGCAACUCAGAUGGGUGA